UUCAUUAAUUGUCAUUGCAUUAUCAUCUUCAAAAUUCACAAUGUCAAAUCUCUCAAUUCGCGCAUCAUGCACAAACCGUAUAAUAACCAGUAUAUCACAAAGAUUUCAACACAACAACCCAUCAGCAGUUGAGGUAAAAAAGAAGGAGGAAGAGUUAACAAAUAUUUUAGCAAAGAAAUUUCCGAAUGCAAAGAAAAUCGAUGUAAAUGAUGUUUCUGGUGGAUGCGGGUCCAUGUUCGACGUUGUUAUUGCUUCCGACGAUUUUAAGGAUAUGAAUUUAGUGAAGCAACAUCAAAUGGUGACCAAUGCUUUAAAAGAAGAAAUCAAAUUGCUUCAUGGAAUUAGGAUACAAACGAAGUUAGAACAUGAUACAAUUGACGCAAUGAAAAAGAACAACGAAGUAUUGAUAAGUAUAUUAAGAAAAAAUUUUCCUAAAGCAAAAAAAAUUGAUGUGAAUGAUAUAUCUGGCGGAAAUGGAUCUGUUUACGACGUUACAAUCGCUUCUGAUGAUUUUAAAAACACGAGUUUUUCAGAGCAAAAUCAAUUGGUGUCCGAUUCUGUAGAAGAAGCAAUUAAUUGGCUUCGUGGGAUUAAAUUGCAAACAAAGUUUCAGCUCUCCCAUUCGUGCGAAAUUGAAGCAAAAAUGAAAAAAAUGGUUUUAAUAAGUACACUAACUAAGAAAUUCCCGAAUGCUGAGAAAAUCGAUGUAAACGAUGCUUCCGGCGGAUUCGGAUCUAUUUUCGACGUAGUCAUCGUUUGUAACGAAUUUGAAGAUGUACCUUUGAUGACACUAAAUCAAAUGGUAACAGACGCGUUAAAAGAUGAAUUUAAACUGUUUCAUGGAACUAGAAUACAAACAAAGUUUUUGCAAUGUACACCUGAAGAGGAUUUAAAAAAGAAAUUGAUUAGUAUAUUAAUAAAGAAAUUUCCGAAUGCUUAUAAACUCGAUGUAAGUUAUCGCAAUUCUACGUUUGAUGUUGUCAUCGUUUCUGAUGAAUUUAAGAAUAUAAGUUUGGCGAAGCAACAUCAAAUGGUGAUAAAUGCUUUAAAAGAAGAAAUGAAAUUACUUCGUGGGUAUAAAAUACAAACGAAAUUGGUGCCAACAAUGUGAUUCAGUUUCAUAUUUCAUUCCCAUUUCAUUUUAUAAUAAAAUACAUAUAUA